AAUAAAAAAAUGGAAGGCCUGCCAGAUGCUGCUGCUUUUGCAACUAAACUUAAAAAUACUCUCAUCCAGUACCAUAGCAUUGAAGAGGAUAAAUGGCGUGUUGCAAAGAAAACGAGAGAUGUCACAAUUUGGAGAAAACCUUCAGAAGAAUUUAAUGGAUAUCUUUUCAAAGCCCAAGGUAUUAUAGAUGGUGUUGUUAAUGAUAUAAUGGACCAUAUACGCCCAGGUCCCUGUCGCUUGGAUUGGGACAGCUUAAUGACUUCAUUGGACAUUUUGGAGAACUUUGAAGAGAAUUGCUGUGUGAUGCGUUACACUACUGCUGGUCAGCUUUGGAAUAUUAUUUCCCCAAGAGAGUUUGUUGAUUUCUCCUACACUGUGGACUAUAACGGAGGGCUUUUAUCCUGUGGGAUCAGCCUUGACUGGAGUGAGAAGAGAGCAGCAUUUGUUCGUGGAUAUAACCAUCCGUGUGGUUGGUUUUGUGUUCCACUUACAGACAAUGCAAACCAGAGUCUUUUGACAGGCUAUAUUCAGACGGAUCUGCGUGGGAUGAUUCCUCAGUCUGCAGUAGAUACAGCCAUGGCAAGCACUUUAAUCAACUUCUAUGGUGAUUUACAAAAAGCCUUACAAAAGGCAUAAGACAUUUAGACUUGUAGUACUAUGACCUUCUGAAUCAGCUCCUUUCAGCUUCCUGGCCUGUAAAAAUCAUCACCUUUUAUUCUCAUCUUUAUAGCUUGUGGAAGAAUUUGAGAUAUUUUUGGGUUAUUUUAUUCCUAAAGUAAAUAAUUAUCUAAGAGAGGGCAUUGUAGUUUUCUGAAAUAGUUAUUUGCACUUUGUUUGGUAUGGCAGUCUGUGUGUCUAUGAAUGGAGAGCAUGACAGAAAUCCACCUUGAAGAAGAUAAUAGGUCUUUUAUUCAAACUCUUAAGAUAAUGAAUAGUGCCUCAAUAUGAAUUUUGGCUGCUUGGAAUUUAGAGAGAGCACAAGCUUCAUGCUGUUAGGUUAAAAUAAUCUAUUUUCGAGCUUUAUGAAUAUUUUGUAAAAGUUUUAAUUUUUUUAAAGUUAAAUAUUAGUGCUUUCGGUAUGCUCUAUGAGUUUGCCAAUAUUUUGGAGUAAGGAAAGGCUCUUUAUAUUUUAUAAAUAUGAACUUGAUUGUCAACUGACUUGCACUGCUCCAAGUAUUGAAAAGAUCAGAAAUAAAUGGGUAGAUAUUAUAGUAACUAUAGAUUCAAAUCAAAUGCAAUUCAAUUUUGAUACCUAGAUAGCAUUAUUUUGUGAAUAUCUUUAAAAAUACGAUUGUUUUUUAUGUGCAUUUAUUUUGGGAGUCUUAAAACAUUUAUGCAUGAAGGAAGCAAUACAAAAACUGCCAACUAUGUGAUGGGGACACAUCACUGAUUGAACAGUAGUAUGAGUUUUGUGAAGUGGCUGGUAGUAUCUUGUAUUUAGCAACAGGGAAUUCUCUCUCUAGAAGGUCAGAUUUAAUGAAUGUUCUGUACAUGUUUCAGUUUUAAAAAUAUCACUCAACUCAAAGUGUUACUAACUACUUCAUAAACAUUAAUAAUUGUGAUGAAACUUUUGUCUGGAACUAUAACAUACAUUCAGAGAUUUACCCAAAUGCUAGAUGAGUCAUUUUGUAACUAGAAUGAACAAUAAUAAUUGGUCCCUUGAUUCUGUGGCUGCCUUAAAAGAACAUUCUACAUGAUUUUAACAUCCCAAAUGACUCUGGCUUUUGAAUUGUCCACCUAGUUUACUUCUAAAAUAAGAACUUGAGGCAUCUCAAUGUGUCCAGGCAAAUUUUUGUAUGUUAUCUGUUUGUGUACAUGCACACAUCUUGAAAUUCAUUUCAUUAUUCAAUGUGAGUUCUUUCUGAAUUAUUAUCAUUUUAUUUUCUUUGUGUGUGUGUGGUUAAUACAGGCAGAUUUUUGUAUGAAUCGGUUUGUGUGCCUGCACACAUCUUGAAACCCAUUUCAUUGUUCAAUGUACUUUCUGCGUUAUUAUUAUUGUAUUUCCUUUUUGUGUGUGGGUUAGUAGAAGUAUGCUCUGGAAAUGCAUGAUCUGGAAAUGCAUGCCAGAGAGGCUGCAAAAAGCACAAGAGCAUAUGGUGGUUCAAGUACAUGAAGGUUAGAUCUGUGUUUUACUUUAAUGUGCUUUCCUGAGUGUAAAGAAAGCGUAAGUCAUAGAUCCUCAGACCCAUUUUGAUAAAAUGAGAAAAGUUGAGUUGGUUUUGUCUUUAUAUUUUUGCUAUUAGCAAUGAUGUUUUAAAGAAUAAUAAAUAGACAAAUAAAUAAAUAAAUAAGUAGUAGUACUACAGUAUCCAUGGUGAAUAUCUCACAAGUUUUAGACUGAAAAUAAUUUGUUUCAAGAACUGACAGAAACAAUGUGUAAAUGAUCCUAUUUUCUUAGCUUGAAAUUUAUUAAUAUUUUUUCUAAAUUGUAACUUUGUUGCUGGAUUUUUCUCCCACUUUUUCUUCUUCUUGUAAUAGGGAAAAAAACUCAGUAGUUUAGUUUUCAGUUUCCUAUGGAAAUUUAUUAAAUGUUAGUUUUGACUUUAUGUGUUUUUUUAUUUGUUUUCAUUAAUGUAGAGAAGGAAGAUUCUUUUAUUGAAGCAUUAUUAGAUGGAGAAAUACCAACAGAUGUUCAGUUAUAAGGUGCCCAGAUUGGGUAAAGGAUUUGCAACAGUAUUGUAGGUAAGGGCUGUGAUUGCCUGAUCUGGGAACCCUAAACACAAAUGAACUGUCCACUCUCAGUUACUCUAAUGUUCCCUUUGUCCUAUUCCACUUAUACCUCUGAAUGAUUACAUAAUCCACUGUUUCCUGUAGACCAACUGCAGGUAACAGGAUACUCAUAGAAAAAUUCUCAUUGCAAUAUUGAGUCAUAUAUAUUCAAAUUUAUAUUCGAAUUACCUAAAAUUUAUAUGCAGUUUCUAAAUGGCACUUCAGAUCUACUGGGCUCUUGUAUAAUAUACUUAAAACAAACAGCUUUAUUUUAUGAGGUGUAAUUUACAUGCUAUACAAUUUGCCGGUUGUAGGUAUAUAGUCCAGUGAUUGUUUAAUACAUGUAUAGUUGUGCAGCCAUCACCAUAAUCCAGUUUUAGAACAUUUUCAUCUCCCCAAAAGACAUUUUUGCCUGGUGCAGACUCAUAACUAACCAAAGUUUAGCACAGUUGUCAGUAUGGAGAAGAUGAAAAAAGAUUAUAGAAUAGGAUUUUGUUUUGUUUUUUAAGGUAGAGUUGUAUUUGAAUCUAAGCUCAGGAACCUUGUGUUAAUAUAUUGAAAUAUGUUAUCUCCAAGUACCAUAAUGAUAAAAAUUUAAGAAUGUGGGUUGGGAUUAAUGAGUCUGCUGUUUCUAUAGGAUUGUUGUAGAAUAGAAAAAAGAAUAUGAAGCCAUAUGUCAUUUUAAAUUUUCUAGCAGCAAUAUUAAAAAAAUAAACAGCUGGGGUUAACUUUAAUAAUAUAGUUCAUUUAAUUCAAUAGAUCCAAAAUAUCUUUUCAACAUGCAAUCAAUAUUAAAAGUCAUUAAGCUAUUUUAUAUUCUUUUAUAUGAAUUCCUUGAAAUCUGGUGUGUAUUUUACUAAUGUGGACUUGCCACAUUUAAGUGCUCAUUAUCCACAUGGGACCAGUGGUCUGUACUAAAUAGCACAGUUCUGUAGUGCAUGUAUUAAUGUGUUAUUCUAUAAUAUGAAGUAGAGAAUUUCAUGAAAUUACCCUUAAAUACAAAGCCUUUUCUAAUUACCAGAGCUUUCCGUGCUGACUAAAUUGGGACUGCUGAACAUUAGAAAUAUAUCACUUAGAAGUGCAAUAUAAUAAAAACUAUAGCCCUCCCAAAUUUCCUUUAAAGAUGACUUUUCGUGGGACAGUUAAUGAAAGCAUAUAAUCUGCCUUGUUAUUAUGUAGUUAUUUUCUCUUGCUUACAGCUAGUUUGUAUUAGAAAUGUAUAUACAGGAAUACUACUUGGCAUAGCACUGUUUUUAGUACAUGGUACUUAUUUUUUUUUUUUAAGGAAAUUAAUUUCAUACUAGAAAAGGUAAUUUAUCAUAAGUGAUACUUUUGCAUGAAAUACUAGUUUUAUUGAUAACUCUUGAUUGGUUAACUCUUGAUGUUUGACAUAAUAAUCAGCAAAAAUAAUUAUGAGAAUUUAGUGUUCUGCAGUUAUGUAUAAUAGAAACUUCUACAGUGUUAUAGAGGUUGUAAAUGUUAAAAAAAAUCUCUUCAUUUCACUGUUUAUUGAGGCUGGGUAUAUUUGAAAUUGUAGAUUUCUAUGUCUGAAAUCGUCUCCCAGU